AUGGUGACCCACGGCCCUCACCCAUUCGACCCUAUCUCGCCCGAGGAGAUCAAGCUUGCUGUACGCAUUCUUGAGACUACCUUUCCCGGCGUUGAACUCCGUUAUAAGCGCAUCGACGUGAAUGAACCUAUUAAGAAGGAUGUGAUCGCAUACAUUGAAGCGGAGCGUCUACGGCGGCCCCUGCCCACACCGCCAGCACGUCUACUUUAUGUGCUCUUCCACCGUCUCGACACCGGUGCAUUCUACAAAGCUAUUCUGAACGCCGGUAAGCGCACGAUUGUCUAUGCCAAGGAACUCCCAAAGGAAGUCCAGGGACCAAUUGAUGUCGACGAAAUUGCAGCGAUUGAGGAGAUGUGCAUGAGACACCCUGCUGUUCUGGCCGAGAUCGAAAAGUUGGAGCUACCAGCAGGUGUCACCAUCUGCAACGACCCUUGGAUGUAUGGCACAGACAGCGAUACCGAGAACCGACGCCUAUUCCAGUGCUUCAUGUACAUGGUAGAAACAGACCAUCCCGAGAACAACCACUACUCUCUGCCUUGCAAGUUCUCUCCUGUGUUCGACGGUCUUACUCGUGAAUUGAUUCGUAUGGAUUAUCUCCCCGGUGGAGCUGAUUUCGAGACCACCACCACCCAGCCUUGGAAGCCUGUUAAGACGGUGCAAUACGCCCACGAUCUUUUAGAUGAGCCUGUCCGCACUGAUCUCAAGCCUUAUAUUGUCCAACAACCUGAAGGGCCAUCAUACUCUGUGGAUGGGAACUCCGUCUACUGGCAGAAGUGGCGAUUCAGAGUUGGUUUCAAUGCUCGUGAAGGUUUGGUUAUCUACAACGUCACAUAUGAUAACCGGAACCUGUUCUACCGCUUGGCUGUUUCUGAGAUGACAGUUCCAUACGGUGAUCCCCGUGCCCCAUAUCACCGCAAGCAGGCAUUCGAUGUCGGUGACACUGGCUUCGGUAUGAACGCCAACCAGCUGGCUCUUGGCUGUGAUUGUCUAGGCCAUAUUAAGUACUUCGAUGGUUACCGUAACGAUGCGAAGGGCAACCCGUUGCAGUUGAAGAAUGUCGUGUGUAUGCACGAGCAGGACAACGGUCUGCAGCACAAGCACACCAAUUAUCGGUCCGGUGCUGCCACUGUUGUUCGCAACCGCCAAUUGGUCCUGCAGAUGAUCUGCACCGUGGCCAACUACGAGUACAUCUUCAACUAUAUCUUCGACCAGGCUGCUAAUGUGGAAUUGGAAGUCCGCGCCACCGGCAUUUUAUCCACUGUUCCCUUCGAUAACGAGAACGGCCAGACCGUCCCCUGGGGAACGAACGUCGGCCCCGGCGUUAUGGCUCCCUUCCAUCAGCACAUGUUCUCCCUGCGAGUCGACCCUGCCAUUGACGGAUUCAAGAACACCAUCUACUACGAAGACAGCGUCCCCAUGCCAGAGGAUGAAAAGAACCCCUACCUCGUGGGCUAUACUUCUGAGCAGACAGUGAUGCACACAGCAGGCACAGCAAACACAAGCGUGGAUCGUCACCGCGUCUUCAAGAUCCGCAACGAUAGCAUAACAAACCCAAUCACCUACAAGCCAGUAGCAUAUAAGCUCAUGGCAGCCCCUAGUCAAAUGCUGCUAGUCAGCAAGAACGCCCACGGUUUCCGCCGCGCAGAGUUCGCCACCAAGCCGAUCUGGGUCACAAAGUACCAGGACGACGAACUAUACGCCGCAGGCGAGUUCACAAACCAGAGCCGUCGCGCCGAUGGUGUCGAGACCUGGGUUCAGCGCAAGGACAAUGUCGAAAACGAGGACGUCGUCUUAUGGCACACCUUCGGUCUAACCCAUAACCCCCGCAUUGAGGAUUUCCCCGUCAUGCCAAUGGAGCGUAUUAGCGUCAUGCUCAAACCGGAUGGAUUCUUCACUAAGAACCCGGCCCUUGAUGUCCCGCAAUCUUCUCAGCUCUUCAAUAAGUCUUCUCUUCACCCUGAGGAGCGUACUGCUUGCUGUGCUGGUUCUUCUACGUCUAGCAAGGCUAAGUUGUACAAGAGGAUUGAGUAG